UCUCUCGACUCCCACUCUCGCACUCUAACGAGAUUCAACAAUUUCUCAAUUCCUCUCUCUGUAAUUCUUCUUCUCAAAUUUCCGGUGAAACUCUCCAAUCUACACCCACCACCGCCGCCCGUUUCCUCCCUCAUUCUCGGCCCAACGAUCAUCACUCGCGCAAGCACGACUGCUCCUCGCCGCUGCCUCCGUGGCUUCUUCUCUUCUCAGCCUCAACUCAAGAACAGCGAAACCCUAACUCAUAAGUUUAUAAAACUCGUCAAUCGGCAAUGUCGACCAACGGCGUCCCAAUAUACGUCUCCGACGACGACCCCGAAGACCCCUUGAGACGUAUGCGGCCUAGGGUCCGCCGGAAGCGCAAGAAGCCCGGCGUUAGGAGCUGGUCUGAUUUCACCCGAAGCGUCGUCAAGUGCUUGCCGCUGCUGUGUUUCCUCAUCUUUGUCUGCGUCUGGAUUUACGAGCUCAUCAAAAUCGGCGAUGGAGCGAUCCCAAGUCCGCCACCGGUCAGGAAAUCGGAUCACGCCGCUACUCAGGGUAGUAAAGAGAAGCCGUUGGGGAAUUUGAACAAACUUGAUCCUACCACUAGGGUUGUUGGGGGCGUAAGAGAGCGAUGUUUGAAGCUUCUACCUCCUGGAGAACUUGAGCUUCUGAAAUUUCCCAAUUCUAUGGACUCUAGAAGUCCACUAAAAGAGUUGGCAUAUGCCACGGAGACCAAUGGAGCCAGUAAAGAAGGGACGUUUAACUUAUCCAUGGUAUAUUUGGAGGGUUCAAGAUUUAAUUUAUUCUCAGGAAACCCAACACUUGAACAGAGAGACCAAGAGUUUAAGGUGACUGAAAAGGCUAAGGCCCACUGUGGGUUCUACAGUGAAAUUGGAGGAUUUAGGAUUUCUGAUGAAGACAAAAGUUACAUGAAGACUUGCGAAGUGGUGGUUUCUACCUGUGCAUUUGGUGGUGGAGAUGAUCUUUAUCAACCUAUAGGAAUGUCUGAAACUUCACUUCAGAAGGUUUGCUAUGUGGCUUUCUGGGAUGAAAUUACUCUGGCAACACAAGAAGCACAGGGGAACAAAAUUGAUGAAAGACAUUUCAUUGGGAAGUGGCGUGUCAUAAUUGUUAGAGACUUACCCUUCAGAGACCAAAGAUUAAAUGGAAAAGUACCCAAGAUGCUUGCCCAUCGUCUUUUCCCAAAUGCUAGAUAUUCCAUUUGGGUUGAUUCCAAGUCCCAGUUCCGGAGAGACCCUUUGGGUGUGUUGGAAGCCUUACUUUGGCGUUCAAAUCAUGAACUUGCAAUUUCAGAACAUGGUGCCCGUAGUAGUGUGUAUGAUGAGGCAAAGGCUGUUGUCCAUAAAAAUAAGGCGACCCCAGCGGAGGUGGAGGUCCAGUUGGCACAGUAUCGCCGUGAUGGUCUUCCUGAAGAUAAGAGGUUCAAUGGGAAGAAAGCACUAGCAGAGGCUUCAAUAAUCGUGAGGGAGCACACUCCAGUGACAAACUUGUUCAUGUGUCUUUGGUUCAAUGAAGUCGUUCGCUUCACUUCACGUGAUCAACUAAGUUUCCCCUAUGUCCUUUGGCGACUCAAGGGUUUAACGCGCAUCAAUAUGUUCCCUGUCUGCACCAGAAAGGAUCUUGUAAAUAGUAUGGGUCACAUACGCAAGGCAAAGCCCCUCACAAGCUAAUACUCUCUGUUCGUUGCCAUAAGCAAGGGGGUCUAAUUUAGCAGAUUGGACAUCCUCCAGCUUCGGCACAUGUAUCAGCAAAGAGAUCAGUAAGCAGGAUACAUUUUUGUAUUCUUUUCAUUUUUUCUUUUUGGACUUCAAUACCAACCUUGUAUUGAUUUUUCACAAUUAUGGGAUUUGGGGGGUGGUGUUGGAGAUAUGUUUUUUGUAAAUUUGAUUCUUAGGUUAUUCAUUCCAAACCAUUUGACCUUCCGUUAAAUUUUAUUUUUUCCCUUUGAUUGUCCAGCUUGUAUUAUAUUCAUGAGUGAAGUACCUGAUUUUUCAGUUUAGU